ACAAGUUGCCUUGUGUACAACACGCCUCCUCCUUACAGCUGGCAUGUAUUCGUCUCCAGGAAAUCGCUUGUUUCGAGAAAAAAUGGCUGCAAUAUGCUACAUUUAAUCCUUAAGUAUUUUCAGACGCGUCGCUGGGAAAGUCGCAUGUUGAAGAGUCGAAUGGGGUUUCUGUGAGUGUGAGUGAUCGCUGGUGAGCUCAAGGCCCUUCAGUGAUGCCUCGGACCGUCGUGAGAUCCUGAGCCGAUCAGAGCUCGAGGAGCUCCGCUUCACACAGCUGAACGCUCGACGUACUUCAGGAUGUCCGAUCUCUGCGCUUAAUCCUGCGUGAACAUAAACGUCAGAGAAAAUUAACCCAGAAUGAGUUUUUAUUAUUUACUAAAUGAAGAAACUAGUCGGUUUUUGUACUAAAUAAAAUGGAAAUAGUUUUAAGGGUUCUUUAAUAAUGUAAAGAAAUCAGUUUCAGUCAGUUUUGUAGUCCGUGAGAAAGCGUUUUCUGACAGUAGACAACCGAGAACAGGUUCUGAAAAGAUUAAUUUGUACAAUAUGCCGAAGCCAAUUUAUUUCCUUCAUAUUCGUUUUCUCUGCCGCUUUGGAGGGACAUCGUAAAAUACUCAUUCGCGUGCUGAAGUGGACUGGUAUGAAUCGGUUCUUUUGAAUGAAUCAAGUCGAAGUGGUUGUAGAAUAAAUAAUGAAUCGGUCUACGAUUUAAAUAUUAUUCUUGUUUGGUUAGAUUUUUUUUAUCGUGAUAUAGUUUGAUAAUUGGAUUGGUUGGACGAUAUCGGUCUUUUGAAAUCAAUUUUUAAAAGGGUCUCAUCAGUUAACGAGCAGCAGCUUUAGACUUGAUCUGUGAAAUAAACUUUUACAGUGUAUUUUUAUGUUAAUCAAAAUACAUCAUAAUUAUUUAUGCCUUCGACGUCUUUAAACUGAAAAUGUAAAACAUAAAAAAUGGUUCUCUGUGUUUGUGUUGUAAGUACUGCCAGCUGCCCACGCAGCUACAGUCAGGACUGGCGGUGUCUUAACGCCUAUGUGAACUGCCUAACUAGACAGCACUUUUGAACAUCAUGGUCAACCCAGAAAUGUCGUACAGGUAGACCGCUCUGUAGGUUUUUAGACAAAGUUUGUUCUCUCUCUCUCUCUGUGUAAACAGAAACCUGGCCACUGAGUUUAUGCACAGUCUGGAGAGAGACAGUGAAUCAUGCUGCCUCCAUCAAGAAGGGAUUUUGUGUCUCUGACUCUCAGCGAAAGUGGCAGCUACACCGACAGCAAGCAGUGGCACCGGCAGUCCUGCUGGAGAAAAUGGAAACAGCUGUCCAGAUUGCAGCGCAGCUUGAUCUUGUUUACACUCAUGCUGCUGUUCAUUUGUGGAAUUGCCACAUCUCCCACUCUCAUAGGGCACUGGAGAGAUGGUGUGGUAGGAGAGAACGGGUACGAUGGAAAACAGCCAUCUAAGUCCAUUCUUCCUGAGCCGCCCUCUGAGAAAAAGGAGUACCGUAGACGUGGACCGCCUGUCUUGCAGAACCGUUUGCAAACCAAAACAAAUGUUUCGGGUCAGUUGGGAGUAGAAACCCAGGGACUGGACCUGAAAAAUGAAAAUAAAGGAUCUGAAGGAGGAAAGCCAAUCAUUAGUUGGCAUGGAGCUAUGGUGGCAGAAGAACAGACAUUUGAUACUGACACCAAAGACACAGAAAUCCAAGACGACCCAGCUUCAUUAGCACAUGCUGAGAGCAGGCUGGAGGCUGUGAGAGAAGCUUUUCGACAUGCCUGGAAGGGUUACAAGGACUUUGCUUGGGGUCACGAUGAGCUAAAACCAAUCUCUAAAUCAUAUGGAGAGUGGUUUGGGCUUGGGCUGACCCUAAUUGAUGCUCUGGACACCAUGUGGAUCUUGGGUCUCAAAGAGGAGUUUGCAGAGGCCAGGGAAUGGGUGGCCAGAGAGCUCUCCUUCGAUAAGAACGUGGAUGUUAAUCUGUUCGAGAGCACCAUUCGUAUACUGGGUGGCCUUCUGAGUACUUACCAUCUGACUGGAGACUCCUUGUUCCUGGAGAAAGCCAAAGAUAUUGGCUCCAGACUGAUGCCUGCCUUCAACACUGCCUCAAAAAUCCCCUAUUCGGAUGUGAAUAUUGGGAAGGGGACGGCUCAUCCUCCGCAGUGGACUUCAGACAGUACCGUAGCUGAGGUCACUAGCAUUCAGCUAGAAUUCAGAGAGCUCAGUCGACUUACCGGAGACCCCAAAUACAAGCUGGCUGUAAUGGAGGUGAUGAAGCAGGUGCACAAAUUGGAUGGGAAGCAAGAUGGGUUGGUGCCAAUGUUUAUCAAUACCAACAAUGGCCUGUUCACCCAUCAGGGCAUUUACACACUGGGUGCCAGGGCUGACAGCUACUAUGAGUACCUGCUGAAGCAGUGGAUACAAGGAGGCAAGACUGAGAACGAAUUGUUGGAUGAUUACUUGCUGUCUGUGGAAGGUGUGAAGAAGAACCUCCUGAAGAAGUCUACUCCUUCCGGCCUUACAUUUGUUGGAGAGCUCUCCCAUGGCUACUUCAGUCCCAAAAUGGACCACUUGGUUUGUUUCCUGCCUGGCACACUUGCACUGGGGACACAUUUCGGCCUUCCUGCGGAUCACAUGGAGCUGGCAAAACAGCUGAUGGAGACUUGCUACCAGAUGUAUGCCCAGAUGGAGACCGGUCUGAGCCCGGAGAUAGCUCAUUUCAACAUGCAUGAGGGCAGCACACAGGAUGUAGAUGUGAAGAUUGCAGACCGACACAACCUUCUGCGGCCAGAGACUGUAGAGAGCCUCUUCUACAUGUACAGAAUCACUAAGGAUAAGAAGUACCAGCAGUGGGGCUGGGAGAUCCUUCAGAACUUCAAUAAGCACACAAGGGUUCCCACCGGAGGUUAUACUUCCAUAAACAAUGUCCGUGACCCAGCCAAUCCCAACCCUCGAGACAAGAUGGAGAGCUUCUUCCUGGGUGAGACACUCAAAUACUUCUACCUGCUGUUUUCUAAUGACCCCAACCUUAUCAGCUUAGACAAGUACAUCUUCAACACCGAGGCCCAUCCUCUGCCCAUAUGGCCACAAGCAGAGUGAAGGACCCAAAAGCACACGUGCAGAACCAAACACACCUCUCUCAGGGCCAUGAACACAUUCGAUAUCCAAACUGCCAUCUUUUUGUACACUCUUUGUAAUUGAAAGCCACUUACUGGUAAAAAUAAAUAAAUUUAAACAGCCAUGACAGCAACUAGUAAUAGUACUAGUAAGAGUUUAUGAAUUUUUUUUACUGUAUUUAUGCUAUUGUUAUGCUGUCGAUCAGCUAGGUUGCUGAAUUAGCCCAUUGCAGUCUCUCAGCCUAAGCACACGGACAAAAAUGUUCAUACUGUGAAACCUUAUGGGGACUGCAAGCACUUUAUAGUGUGUCUUCUUAUAAUGAAAGAAUUACUGUUUGUGUCAUGGGGAUUUAGGGGGUCUUUGAUGGUCUAUUUAGCUUUGCAAAAAAACCUUUUCCUUACAUCAUAAGUUUUAUUUGUUUCCCAGAGCUUAUAUCAUCUAUGUGAACAUUUAAUACAUUCUGUGUAAUUAUCAGGCAGCAUUGUAUGAUUUUAUCUUAUCUCGUGAUCAAGCACAUGCAAGGGGAAAUGUUUGUGUUUUUAUGAAUUAUUUCCUAUAUUUCUUUCAUUUUGUGUUUAAAACCCCAACCUCACUGUGAGGGAUUUGUAAAAUGUCUUUCCUGUGAAUAGGCGAAAUGAACUUAUUUAUUUUUUUAUUUUUUGUUUGGUGUUGUUGAGCUUGGUGUUCGUUACAGGGUUUAUUAUUUUUAUAUAUACAUAUAUUAAAUGUAUUUUUCUGACAUUAAAACUCACUAGCAGGUGGACCAUUAUAAUUAUUUAGUUGCCUUUUUUUGUGUGUGUGAGUGUUUUCAGUCAGAAUUAUGUAUUUUAAUAGAGCGAUAAUCAAGCACAAUGUUUUUAAGGGAUUAUAUUAUGGCAGUUUUCACUCUUUCAGGGGACCUAUAUCAGAUGUGAUUGUGUCAGUAGUAUUUUUAUGCGUGAAUGAUGAAGAACUUCAUGGUAUUGGUAGAUUAUUUUGUCAAAUAUGAAAAAUUGGAUUGUUUUCUUGGGGUGGUUUUCUUAGAACUUUAAAGAAUCUUCAAAUUCCCAAGUGUAAAAGUGUAAAGAAAAGCUGAAUGUUGGCUAUUAAUUUUUCGCUACUUUUUACAGAUCAGUUUGUGGGCCUGAGCUUAAAUAGAAUAGAUGUUGCUGUUUACACAUAUUAUAAAUGUACUAUGUGCAUUGUAUUUGAAAAGAUUGGUUGAAUAUUACAUUUCACUGUGCAGAAUCUUAUAUUAAUAUCCAGUUUUUUGUGGGUAGUAUGUACAUUAAAACCACUGCAGAUGUUCAUCAAGGGCUGAGCAUUAACCGGUUUGUUGUCGUCGUGGUAUAGUGAGGAGUUCUGUUCCGCGUGUGCCUUUACAUACAAAGCAAUGACAAAUGUUGUCUAUUUUCAAUCCAGAGAAUCAAGUUUUUAUGAGAAUUCAGUCUAUUUUAAACAUCUCAUUCCUGUUGUGAAGCGAUCUACAAUUUGUUUUAUGUGAAUAAAUACUUUUGAGAUCAUUUAUAAUACAGUGUGGACGUGUUAAAUCGACUUGCUAUCUGUAUUCUCAU